AUGUCCGCCCCCGAAACUGCUACCAAAUUCUCUUCUGCUGAAACCUCCUCCGUCGCUGGCGGACAACUCGUCGGACGCUCUAACAAGGGCGCCGUCGCACCCAAGGAAGCAUUGAAGCUCCGUUUGGACCUGAACCUCGAGGUGGAGAUCGCCAUCCAGGCCAAGGUCAACGGUGACAUCACCCUCUCCCUCCUGCGCCCGCAAAACCGACCCUUCUACGGGUCGUGGCGCUCACGAAAACAGUAA